UUAAACUUACGUUUAUCAAUUUAUGCGUCGCUCCGAAACUAAACAUUCCGUUUUAUUUGGAAAAGAGCACAACCCGAAGACGUACACAACAAUAAACCAGUAGUGGAGGCUUGAUGAGUGACGGGUGUGAUAGAAAGUGUUAUCCAAGGUGAUGCAGAGCCCUCCUUCCAGUCUCAGCGAUGGAAAACUCCCUGUAUUUGUCUUCCCUUCCUCCUUAAUCUUCUACUCAGAUGACCAAUCCACACAUAAACAGGUGCUCACUUUGUACAACCCCUAUGAAAUGGCGCUGAGAUUUAAGGUCCAGUGCACUGCUCCUAAGAAAUACUCUGUCAUAGAUCCAGAGGGAGUGGUCAAACCAAGGUGCUGUGUGGAUGUUGUGAUACGCCAUGUAGAUAUCUGUAUAAAACAUGAAGGUGUUCUUGACAAGUUCAGGAUUCAGGUGUAUGAACAGGGAUCUAGGAAAAUGGCAGGGAAGAAGGAGGUCACAUCAGUCCUCUAUCCCACACGGGACAGCCAGGUCAAGUCUGAGGACACAUUUGAAAGCCUUCCUACUGUCCCAGGUGGGAAAAUGGGAGAGCAGCUCAGUAUUCCUAUAAGACCAGGUCAAUCUCAGUCCACUAGUCCAAGCCUGGUCAUCAUCAUGGCGGCCAUUGCGUGUAUCGCUGCACUCAUGCUUCCAACUGUAGGUGACAAGAAUAUCAAAGUGCCAGAAUACUUAGUGCUCUCAGUAAACCAGAAACUUAUAGCUGCUUAUGUCUUAGGUUUAGUCACAAUGGUUUUGUUGAGAACAUGACGAAAGAUUCCUGAUGCUGACUGGGACGUAGAUGCUCAAGAAUUCUGCCUAUGUGUUUUGAUGUGAUAGUAGAUGUUUGUGAAGGGGCUAGAUAUAUAUUCUAGAACUGUGACUUUGUGCAGUAGGAUUUAACCACAUUCAGUACAGCGGACUAACAGAUCCCUGGAUAAAAUAUUGCGACCACUAAAAAACUUUCCGCUUAAUUCCUGAUCAGACACUGAAUAGAUUCCCCAUGGGGAUAAUGCAACAAGCAUUCAAGUGGUCCGCGGGUCUGCUAGUUGGCUGUUCUGAAGGUAGCCUUAGGGACCUGUGUCACAAUAGAAAUUUAGAUGGAAAGUAGAAAUAUUGAAAUA